AUAUAUAUAUGAAAUUCUCCAUUUUAGAAAUAGAGAAAAAAUAUUGUCAACAUACAGGUGCAUUUCUAGUGUUUUUGGUUAUCCCAAUUCUGUCUGUCUCUAGGGUUUCGCCGCCUCUAUCAGGAAAUCAUGGCUCGCCGAAGCUCUGGAAGAUCUGCUCGUCCUCCCCCUCGUGCUGCCCCCCGUCCUGCUCCAGCCCCAGUAAACCAUGCUCCUCCACCAGCUCCGAUGCAACAUACUGGUGGUGGAUCCAUGCUUAGUGGUAUUGGUUCUACCAUAGCUCAAGGGAUGGCCUUUGGUACUGGAAGUGCUGUGGCACACAGGACUGUAGAUGCUGUCAUGGGUCCACGCACAAUUCAACAUGAAACUGUUGCUUCUCAGGCACCUUCUGCAGCUGCUCCAACAACCAGCGGUGCUGGUUCAGAUGCUUGCAGUGUGCACACUAAAGCAUUUCAAGAUUGCAUUAAUAGUUCUGGAAGUGACAUUGACAAGUGUCAGUUCUACAUGGACAUGUUGUCGGAGUGCAGGAGGAACUCAAUGAUGAAUGCCUAAGCUUUUGUUGGUUGGGUGUGGAAUUUUUUCUCUAGUACAACUUUUUGUAUUAGAAAUUCUAUGAUUCAAAUGAAAAGAACCUCUCAGAACAAAGAUCAUGUUCAGUACCCUGUUAUUAGUGUAUGCCUAUUAUCCGCUGGCAUGUGGUCUUAAAAACUGUAUUCAACCUCUAUUACUAUUUUUGAGAGAUUUUUGUUGCCUAUGCUAAUAAAUCGCCAUUUAAUGGGUUGUUCUUAAAAGGUCUGUUAAUAUUCAGUUGUGCGAGCCCUGGAUUAGAUAAUCAGAUGUCUGUUACAAAGAUUUGGAUCCAUUUUCCUAUAUGAUGUGCUGCGUUAUGUUUU